AUGGAUCACUUCAACCCUGCUCUGCCACCAACACAGGCUUUGGUUCCAUUCCAAGAGGGAAACAAGCAUGCCUUCGUUGUAGAGGAGGUUUAUGGCGAGCAAGUGGAGGAGCAUGACGCUAGUAAUGGCCAUGAUGGUAGCUUUAAUCAGGGGAAGCACAUCGCGAGGGGUCACUGGCGUCCUUCUGAGGAUGAAAAACUAAAAGAUUUGGUUGCACAGUAUGGCCCCAAGAAUUGGCGCCACAUCGCUGAGAAGCUUGAAGGCAGAUCAGGAAAGAGUUGCAGGCUACGGUGGCUCAACCAGCUAGAUCCACAACUUAACCGAGAUGCAUUCUCCGAGGAGGAAGAGGAGCGACUGCUAGCGGCGCGCCAUGCAUAUGGAACCAAGUGGUCCCUUAUUGCUCGCCUCUUCCCUGGCCGCACUGAUAAUGCUGUCAAAAACCACUGGCAUGUCAUGAUGGCGCGUGGCUCCGACAUGGCCCCUCAUGCUAGGACACCCACUACAACCAACUUCAAAGCAAGCAUGCGCUCCACCUUUUCCACCCCAUCGCUAGCCACCGACAAGGGUGGUGACAAGUUCACCCCACCAUUCUUCAAUUUCCUCGGUGUUGAUGAUGCAUGA